AGAAACGUAUUUUGUCAGAUUUAAGAGUCUUUUGAUCUAAAAUGUAAAAUAUUUUCCAGCUGCAAUAUUUCAAAAGUGUCACUCGAAUUUCAAGCGUAUAUUUUGGACUACUGUUCUUUUGUGCAAAUCAUUUACUAGGAGCAUCGACUGCAUGAGGAUGAUGGUACAUCUAGUGGUUCAUAUCGUUAUAGCUUUGAGUUUAUAUGCCGCUCUGGUAACAACCAGUGCCGAACCAACCCCAAGAAAGGCGAACAGAUACCUUAUUGAGAAGUGGAAAAAGUGGUACACAUUUUGUGACAUCAAUCAUGACGGAGUGAUAUCAGUGGGUGACCCUAAACACUUUGAGACAUUUUACAAGGGUAAUGAUUGUUCAAGAUAUGGAGGACGGAAAACUUCAUUGGAAACAAUGGUUCAACUAUGGAAGGCGGUCCAUUUAUUCAACAAGACGGUAAUCUCUCAAGCUGAAUUUGUAGGAACAGUGAAGCAACAGUUUGAAACAAAUGAUGCUGCUUUCUAUAAUUUGAUUCGCAUGUAUAUGUCUGAGUGGAGCAGAUUUAUAGACUGUAAUGGGAACAACUUACUGUCUAAUGACGAAGUACUAACCCUCUUGUUUGCUAUGGGACACAACAACACAGCUAAAGAUGAAGAAUUAUUCUUCUCCUUUCCAGAUGAAAAUGGAGAGAUUCCUCCAGCGGUGGUAGUUGCCAAUUUCUUGCGCUUUGUAUUUGACAAGGAUAAAGCAAAGCCGGACAUAUUUAAGAACUCUCUUGAUUCUGGUAUCUAAAUAAAGCAUAUCAUUGUGUGUUCUUUUCUUCAAAAGUAUAAUGCAAACGAAUAAGUUGUCAAAAAAAUUAAAGAAAUAAACUAGA